CAAUCUAUCCUUCAAAAGUCUAUUAAUGUAAUAGAUAAAGAUCAGUUUGAUAAAUCAUUAAUGAAAAGAAAGAGGCAAGAGGAUGCACGUAAAUCUUCUAGAGACACAAAAGCACAAAUCAUCAUUCGUGAGCUGUCUGUCUUCCCAGCUAGCAGAUCAUCAAUAAGUGAACCUUCUGAAGGAUCUAACAUGGGAGAGGUUUUGAAUCAAUUUCAUAAAUUAUACUAUGACAUUGAUAUUGCGAAAAAGGAUGGAGAUAAAAGCUGGGAAGAUUGCUCAUGGGGUUAUCAUGGUGAUAAUGGAAACACGUAUUUAAACAAUGAUGUCAAAUCAUAUGGACCAAAAUUUAUGACCGGUGAUACUAUCGGAUGUA